CCGGGGAACGUCGCUUAGGCGCGCGCGGGGUCACUCGAGACUUCGUGGCGCGCGCACAGGAAUCAGGCGGCAACGGAUCGGGGUGGCUAGUCUGGGGUCCGUGUGACUGACCAGGGCAUCUCCGGGCCCCGCCCCACGUGGCCCCAGAUGACAAAGCUUCCGCUCGCUCCGCCCACCUUGGGACGGUGCCCUACGCAAGUGUCUAAUGUAACCUACAGCCGGAACGUGCUCCACAUCCACACAACUGCAGCGGGGAAUCCACACAAGAUGGCUGCCCUGCUCAACCCUUAGUUGCGGCGUGAAACGUCACUUCCCCUCCAGGAGGGCUCGCGUGUGACGUCGUCAGGGAGCGCCAGAGUGAAUCAUGUGCGCGCUCCACAGCAGGGGGACGGUUGCAGUCCGGAGCGUAGCGGACAGUUGUGGCGGCAACCUGGGGACCACCGUGGAGCUGCCGCACUCGGCGGCCCGGCCGCUGCCCUGCCCGGAGAUCCCGUCCUUCGCGGCCGCCUGCCGGCUGGUGCGGAGCCGCUACUCGUGCCUGGUGGCGGCGCCGCAUCGGAGACACAUCGCGCUGGCCCCGCGCUACCUGAACCGGAAGCGCACCGGGAUCCGCGAGCAGCUCGACGGCGAGCUGCUGAGAUACUCGGAGAGCCUCAGCGGUGUGCCAGUGGCUUAUGAUAACAUCAGAGUAGUGGGUGAAUUAGGUGAUAUUUAUGAUGACCAAGGAUUCAUCCAUUUUAACAUUGAAGCAGAUUUUGUCAUUUUCACUCCCAAGAAAGGAAAAAAGCUUGUGGGUGUGAUCAAUAAAGUGGCCCCAAGUCAUAUUGGCUGUCUGAUACAUGGGUGUUUCAAUGCUUCAAUCCCUAAACCUGAUAGAAUGUCAGCUAUACAGUGGCAAGACCUUGGGUUAAAAAUAGGAGAUAAACUGGAAUUUGAAGUGUUGCAUUUAGAUUCCGACGCUGCUGGAGUAUUCUUCAUUCGGGGGAGACUGAAUAAAGACAGUAUGCAAUCCAAAUAUCCUGAAACAGUAACUGAAGAUACGAACAGUAGAGAUGAAAUACCAAAGAAAAAACACAAGAAAAGAGACAGAAGGAAUUGUGAGUUAGAAAAUGACACAGAGCUUACAGACCAUGCAGAUACUACUGUGGUGGAAGAUGCAGAAGAGCAAAAUGCUGAUAGAAUAAAUGGAUUUUAUGAUAAAAAGCCAAAGAAGAAGAAAAAGCAUAAGCAAGAAAAGCAGAAACCUGUAUUUUAUGGAAGUGACUGUAGUGGUUACCAAAGUGACCAUAAAAAGGUUAAGAGAAAGAAAAGAGAACACUGUGAUGUAGAUGAAGAGAGUGAAUUAUCUCAAUUGUCACAAGACCCCCAAGCCAAAAAGAGAAAGGAAUGACAAAUAGACUGAAGAGUCCAAAAGUCCCUUGCUUGAAUGUAAGAUUGUCAUCUUCUUUCAGACGUAUUUGAUAAACUUCCAAAUAAAAUCAUAUUUUCAGUU